AUGCCGUUUACAGUGGUGGUUUGUGACGUCACGGCCUGUCUGAUGAUGAACCGGUCGAUGCUGUCGUUGGUCAAACGGCGCAGCCCAGGUCGAGAAUGCCCUGCGCCGUCGCUGUACAGGCGAAUUGUGUCUAGUCUUCAGUGCGUGUGCCAAAACGUAUUGGGACGCACCUUAGAAGAUCUCCUCUCUAACCACACCGAGGAAGACGAGGACGGGAGAAAACUGACACUGUUUCGAUACAACGGCAAGACGUACCCUCCCUUUGGGGAAGUGACUUUUCGUCAACUCAAAGACAUGACCGUCAGAGACGAUGAUGUGUUCCUUAUGGGAUACCCGAAGACAGGAUGCCACUGGACGUUCGAGGUGCUAAGAAUGAUGCUUCAGGGAGAGGCCAAACUGUCAGACAAGACCAAAAUGCAGUCCUUUAUUGAUGUGGUCAAUCCGACAAAGCUCGAGACCCUGCCCUCCCCGCGAAUUCUUAACUCUCACGUGCUCUUCGAGGAUAUGCCCAGACAGGUCGCUGAGAAGAAGACGAAAAUUAUUCUGACUGUGCGCAACCCAAAAGACACAGCCGCCUCUUUCUACAACCACCAUGCCAAGAUCCCAGAAUACACGUACGAUGGGACUUUUAACAAGUGGUUUCCUCUCUACCUCAGUGGUCGAGUUGACUACGGCUCCUAUUUUGACUACUACAAAUCUUGGGACGACACCGUGAAAGAAAAUCCUGACCAACCUAUUCUGGUUCUGUCUUAUGAGGACAUGAAGGAGGAUCUCCCACGCGAGAUCAGGCGUCUGUCUCAGUUCCUGGGUAUCUCUGUGAGCGACAGUCUUGUGGAGGAGAUUUGUGAGGCUGCAGGGGUGAACAACAUGAAGCAGUCCUUCGGCAAGCGUAUGUCAAACAACAUGGACACAAUGUCGGACCGAGCUGAGACUCGGACCCAGGAACCCGCAAUCUUACGAUUACAGGUCCGAUAG